AUGCCGCCCCCGCGCUCCCUGCCCGGCCUCCCGGACGACUUUGUCUCCAAACUCUUCCACGGCGAUGUGGUGACCAAGCUCGCUGACCCUGUUUACCGCGGCAAGGUGGUUCGCGGGUGGACCGAUGAGGACGCGCCCCCAGAUCCAGAGUUCCCCCACGAGCAGCCGCUCGUGCGCGGCGAGGUCCUUGUGUGUCACAUGCAGACCGGCGUGUACGAAGUCGCGCCCGAGAUGGAGCUCGUCCUGUUCGAGCGCGCGUUCAUGAAGGGUGACCUGGUCAAGCAGGACCUGACGGACCUGGAGAGCGCGGUCGUCGUCGACGUCGACACCGAGUGCACUCUCGAGCACGUCAUUAGCAAGGAGCGUCUCCCGAGCAAGGUGCCGUGGAACCACCUCAAGAACGCCGUCAAGAUUGAGGCAAAGGACAAGGUCGUCUACGACGAGUGGAUCGGGACUGUUGAGGAGGUGUUUGAGGACGGACUCAUCGAGGCCCAGGACGGAUCGUGUUACCGUAUAGCGGAGAUGGGCGGUCUCCUUGAGACUGGUCGCUUCGCCAACGAGGUGCUCCCCGAGCACGCCGAGUUCCUCCACCAGUUCUCGCAGUUCCCGGCAGCCGCCAACCCGGCCGUUGACCGAGUCAUCAGUGUUCGCCCCCUGAUCGUCUUCAUUGUUUGGAAUGCAAUCAACCAGACUCUCCCCGUUUCCGAGCACGACAAGCACCCGGAGCCUAAACGUUUCUGGUGUGGAGCUGAGAUUGAGCAGCUCACCCACUUUGAGGGUAUGAAGCACCAGGCUCCUCCUCUGGGCACCACCGUUGUGUUCAGGGAGUCGGCCGACGAGACUGCCGCUGGCGCAAAGGCCACUUCGCACCUGAACGGCACGUUCCUGUUGCGCGUGUACAAGGUCGUCGAGAACCGCACCAAGCUCAAGCUCCGCUGGCAGGACGGUACCGAGACCGAGGAGUACUCUGUUGGCUUUGUGCCGUACCGCAAUGUGGACGACUACGAGUCAUGGCCCGGAGAGCACCUGGUGUGGCGCAGCGAAACUGAGCGCCGACCCGCCGUGGUGCAGACCUACAACCCGCGUCAGCGUAUUGCCGAGCUCCUCCUCCUCGAUACCAAGGAGAAGGAGACAGUCUCCGUGCUGGAGCUGGACACUGGCGGCUUUGGCAAGGCCAACUAUGGUGUCGGACUGGGCCAGCAGGUUCUCUUUUGUGACGACAACGGAUCGGCCAUCCCCGAGGUGCCGUCUCUUGGGCAGGUCGAGCCUCCCGAGGAUGGCCGUGAUGGUUUCCGCCACGAGCUGCAGCGUCUGGGCCUCGAGUAUGGCAAUGCGCCCGAGGCAUUUGGUUCCAGUCUGCCCAAGGGUGAUGUCAACCUUGUCAAGUGGUGGGGCGAGGUCGUCGACCUGUACCUCGACGGCACUGUCGGCGUUGAGAUGUACAACGGCGAGAAGCGGACAGUGGACAUUCGCAACAUUAUCAUUCUCAACGAGCCCGAGGGACAAUACCCCGGCGAGGAGGAGUGGGCCGACGACGCAAGCUUCAAGUCGGACAAGAGCUGGGAGACCAUGUCGGGCGACGAGCCAUACUGGGACCACAACGGUACCAAUGGCCUGCAGGCUGUGUAUGAGGAGGGCCCCGACGCGUUUGACGAGCUCAUGGAUGUCGACGAGGAGGCCGACGAGAUUACAUCUGCCGACGAACAGGAUGCUGCGGACGCUGCCGACGCCGAGGCAAUCAUUGCCCCCAGCAGCGGCAUGCCCUCGCCCGUCACGUCUGUCAAGUCUCUCAGACAUCCGGCGCCAAGUUCGCCCGUGCAGGCCAUGCACCUCGCCCCCGUUGUCGAGACUUUGGCCGCUGUCGAGACCACCGAGGCAACCGCUGCCGCUGGCCCUUCGACUCUCCCUGCCAUCCCCACCCGCCCUUCGCUUGCCGACGACGAAAAGUGGGAGCGCUUCGUCAUGCUGGAGGAGGCGCCGGCCGAGCACUACUACUACCCCGAGCCCCGACUUGACGCCGCCAGCAAGACGUACCACUCGCGGCUAAUGAAGGAGCACCGCGCGCUGGCGUCGUCGCUCCCGGACAACAUCCUCGUCCGCACAUACGAGGACAGGACAGACCUGAUGCGCGUCCUCAUCAUCGGCCCCGAGGGCACGCCGUAUGCGGACGCUCCGUUUGUCUUUGACGUCUACUUGAACCCGACCAAGUUUCCCUUCGAGCCCCCACUCGUCUACUUCCACUCGCACACCAACGGUCUUGGCCGCUGUAACCCGAACCUGUACGAGGAAGGCAAGGUGUGCCUGUCAAUCCUGGGUACGUGGGCCGGCGACAAGUCUGAGUCGUGGAACCCGCAAAAGUCGUCCCUCCUCCAGGUCUUUGUCUCCAUCUCGGGCCUUGUCCUCGUGCGUUCGCCAUACCACUGUGAACCGGCCUUUGCCAAGCUGGAAGGCACCAAGGAAGGCCGUGUCAACAGCAGGCUGUACAGCGAAAAGGCAUACGUCCUAUCGCGCAGCUUUGUGCGUACGGCCCUUGACCGCCCACCGGCAGGCCUCGAGGCUGAGGUUCGCCACUUGUACCUCGACAAGGGCCGGCUGGGCAGUGUCAUUGCCCAUGCCCGCCGCCUCAUCACCAAGGGCGAGGAGGCGGCCAACGAGGCCGAGCUGGAGGACGACGAGAAUGCGGACAUGUGGAAUGCCGACGCGAUGGGCAGCCUCACCAUGGGCGCCAUCCUUACUCUCAAGCGCACGAUCAAUGCGCUCGACAAGAUCCUAGAGCGCGAGACUCAGACUCCUACGGCAUGA